AUGGCAAUUUGUCUCUCAGGCAGUGUCAGACUUGAUAUCAACGAUUUCGAGGGGGAGGCGAGACUUUGGAAGAUUACGGGCACGGUUCGAGGCCACAAGUCGCGGAAAAUUACUGAAACAUGGAAAAUGGUCACUGUGGACGUGUGUGCUCAUCGGCUGGGCAGAGUGUACAAAGCAAUGGACCACCAGGGUGCGGACCUGACUUCGAUGAAGCUCUUGCAGGCUAAGCCGCAGGCAAAAUCACACAGCAGAAAAUCGAAGAAUUUGGAUGAGAAUGCCUGCCUCACCCGCCAUAUUCUCCUGACAUGGCUCCAAGAUUAUCACCUAUUUCGCUCGAUGCAGCACUUUCUGAAGAAGAAGUAG